AUUUGUGUCACUCCACCCCCAUUACACUGUUGUAAAAGUACUUCCUGAAGUAUUUCCUGAAUGUAGAGGACCGUUUGCUCAGAGAGGAUCCAGAAAGAGGAAGUAGAUUGCAUGAUUGUGUGUGUGUGUCACUUGUGAGACAGUAUCUCUGUUUGUGUUAUUGCGUGCGUGUCUGUGUGCGCGCAUAUAUUCACACACGCCCUUGCUUGAGUUUUGGUGCGACUGAGUCAUGUGUCAUGCAUCAGGACUUUGUAACAGUUGCUCUUUGGAACGAGGAAGAAGAUUUUGACAACAAGCCUGAGGGUUUUAGAAGACGAAGCCGCGGUGUGAGCAUCAAGCUCAGACAUUCCACCAUGACACCGUGCCGAGUACUUGGCGAUAUCUACUGGACUGCACCGUAUAUUUCCGGAAGGUGAUCAUGGCCCAGGAUCUGGUCCUGAAGCAACGCAGCGAGAUCCUCUACUGUCUCUGCGCCAACGGCUCGACUGAGCCGCUGGAGAGGGUCCUGGAUGUCCUCCUGGCCCGUGGGGAGCUUUCGUGGGAGGAUUACCACAAUGUGCGAGUGCAGGGGAGACCGCUUCACGCCAACGCCAGGCAUCUGCUGGACCUGGUCUAUACCAAAGGGGAAGCCGCGUGCCAGGCCUUCGCCGAGGCUUUGCAGCAGACCCGACCUGAAGCUCGGGGGCCUGAAGUGCCGGGGCCUGUCACCAGGGUGCUUCUGACCCGAAGGCCCAGCCUGGUGGGAGAGCUCCGAGGCUGCGUGGAUGGAGCUCUGGAAGCUCUGCUGGAAUCAGGAUGCUUCACCCAGGAGGACUGUAGAGACGUACGCUUGCCUGUACACACUCCCUCGCAGCAGGCCAGACGCUUGCUGGAUCACGUGAGCUCGAAAGGCGAGUCCGCGGCUAAUGUGGUGCUAUGCUACAUUGAGCAAAAGCAACAGUCUGGGUAUAACCUGACAACAGAGAAGACCACACCCAAAGAGCUCCUCACAUACCAAAAGAAGUUGCGCAGUUCCGUGUCGGCGCAGUCGAGCUUCCUUAGCACCUACGGUGGAACUGGCCACAUGUCACUGGAUGACAUCUAUACUGAAGGCCAACUGGAGCUGGCGUAUGACUGCAAGGAUCAAGGAGAUUUGGGCCUGGAGGACAUCGUUGGUACAGCGGGCACUGUGAACGAGGAGGCAGACACGGUCCUGGUGUCUGGGGAUGCGGGCAGCGGUAAGAGUACCUUACUCCAGAGGCUGCACCUUCUCUGGGCUCGACGGGCCGCCCUACCCGAAUUCCUCCUCCUAUUCCCUUUCAGCUGUCGCAAGCUGAAUUCUGAACUCGAGGAGCUGUCGGUCCAAGAGCUGCUCUUCCGCAACUGUUGCUGGCCCGACCGUGAGCAGGAUGAGAUCUUCCGCUUCAUCCUGGACUACCCGCACCUUGUGUUCAUCACCUUCGAUGGCCUCGACGAGCUCAAGCAGAGCUUCUCGGACGACUGCAGGCUCUGCUGCCCCACGCAGCCCGCCCCUGUGCACAUAAUACUGUUCAACCUGCUCCAGGGGUCCCUCCUAAAGGGGGUGCGAAAGGUGGUGACCAGUCGGCCGGAGGCUGUGGGUCCAACGUUGAGAAAGCAUCUCCGCAAAGAACUCUUCCUCAAAGGGUUCUCCCCCGAAGGCAUCAACUGUUUCGUCAAGAAACAACACCAGGACUCGUCGGUGGCCUCUAAAGUCCUGGCGUCCAUUCAGGCCAACACAACUUUAUUGGGACUCUGCCACAGUCCUGUGCUCUGCUGGAUUGUCUCGCAGUGCCACAAGGAGCUGCUGGGCUGUGGAGACGGGACACCACGGACCAUAACGGAUGUGUACCUCAUGAUCCUGCAGCACUUUUUGCAGCACCAAAGCCCCCAGAAGUGUUCCAUGGGGGCUGGUUGGCUUCAGGAGCACCUGGUAGGGGUCUUGAGUCUGGGCCAGCUAGCUUUUCGGGGUGUAGAAACUUCCUGUUACGUCUUCGCUGGCGCUGACCUGGAGACCUGCUGUGUUACAGACAAGGACAUCUGCAAGGGCUUCCUCACCCAAAGCAAGGGCAUGUCGUCCCAACAGAUUCUUCGGUACGAAUUCCUUCACGUGACCAUGCAGUGUUUCUUUGCCGCGCUUUACAUCGUUUUGUCCAACAACACGGACCGCUCCACUGUACCUAGGCUCUUUGAGCUGAGGGAGGCAGGCUUCAGUAGCACCUGCUUCGGGUCCUGCUUGCCUGUGGACCACCAACAGGAGCUGGCAGAAACCCCCAAUCUACAAAUCACAGCCACUUUUGUCGCCGGUCUUCUUUCCCAGAGACACCGACACCUAUUGCUGCAGUGCGCCCCAUCACCCACUGUGGAAAUGAAAGCCAGACAGGUGGUCCGGUGCCUCCACAAAGGCAUGCAGAAGCACUUCAAGUCCAUCCCCAAGCCAGUUGAGGGUGAAAAAAAGAGCAUGCACGCCAUGCCUGGCUUUGUCUGGCUCAUCAAGUGCAUCUACGAGAUGCGGGAGAGCAACAUGGCCAAAGAGGCACUAAGCAAGCUGGAGGUUGACCACCUGAAGCUGACCUACUGCAACAUCGGACCCGUGGAGUGCACAGCUCUGGCCUACGUGCUCCAGCACCUGAGAAGUCCUGUGGGAAUCCAGCUGGACAACAACUCUGUGGGAGACGUGGGCGUGGAGCAGCUCCUUCCCUGUUUGCCUAUUUGCAAGUCCCUUUACCUCAGAAAUAAUAACAUCACCGACGAAGGGAUUCGCAAACUGAUCGCAAAAGGAAUCCAGUGUGACAACUUCCAGAAAAUUGCACUCUUCAACAACAAGCUCACUGACGCUUGUAUGCAACACGUUUCUCAUCUGCUGAAGACCAAGCAGAAUUUCCUCUCUUUGAGAAUGGGCAACAACAAUAUUACAUCGGAAGGAGCCAAAGUGCUAGCUAAUGGGCUGGCGUGCAACCAUUCGUUGAUGCAUUUAGGGCUUUGGGGCAAUAAGAUUGGUGAUUCAGGUGCAGAGGCCAUUGCUGGUGCCCUAGAAGGCAGCAAAACGCUAGCAUGGCUAAGCUUGGUGGGCAAUGGGGUGGGCAGCGCUGGAGCUCGUGCCCUGGCCAAAAUGCUCAAGAGCGGCACAUCGCUGGAGGAGUUAUGGUUGACUGAAAAUUGCAUCACCAGGGAGGGAGUGGAGUCUUUGGUUCAAGCCCUAGAGUGUAACACACGUGUCAAGUUGAGGAACAAUCACCUGAGCCCCGAGGAGGUGGAGGAGAUGACACGACGUGAAUCAAGACUCAUCUUCUAGUGUUUUUGUUUAAUAUUUAUAAAAAUUACAAUAAAUGUGAUAACUUUGCUUGGCCAGUGUUCACACUUUUAUGUAUGUAAUAUAGAUGGAAGACAGACUAGUUGGUUAUUUAUGAACAUAAAAUGUGUUUUUGCUUUUCUAUUGUAAUUGUAAGUGGUGAUGUGAUUACAUACCAUAUCAUAAUGUAUCAUACAAUUGUCAAUAUUAAUACAAUCCCUUUUACUCUUAAUAGUAAAGAUAUUGACAAAUUU